GUCAUGUGAUUUUCAUGUGACCUGGAUGAUCACAUGAGUUUAACUUUUGUACUUAUCUACGGGCGAGCAGGCUUUAUAUAAAGGUAGAUACCAUCGUUUUCUGUUGAAAAGUUCGUUCUACCGUACAGACAAAGGAUAUAAACAACUUUGACGAGAGAACACCCAAGCACUUGGAUUGGCUUAUUAUACUGUAGUAUACGUUUAGGCAAAGUUUUUUUUGUAAGCUACCCUGAAGUUUGGCAUAAUCACUCAGUACUGUACGCAAUGAAGGCGUUUAUUCUCCUGCUGACAGUUGGGACAGCUUGCUGUCUGAAGUUUGACUUCCAUGAUCAUUACUUCACGGAGGCAUUUGUUAACUACCAUAACUCAAGGUCUGAUGUCACAUGGAAGGCUACGACAGAGAACUUCAAGAAUGUUCCAGCAGUUGGCAGAAUGAACUACGUUAAGGACCUUUGUGGAACUUUUUCUGCCCCGGAAGAUCAGCGGCUCCCUGUUAAGGAUAUCGAGGUCACAAGCGUCCCAGACUCAUUCGAUGCCCGUACCCAGUGGCCGAACUGCCCAUCCUUGAAGGAGGUUCGAGACCAGGGUGCCUGUGGAUCAUGCUGGGCUUUUGGGUGUGUCGAGGCUGCCACGGAUAGAAUUUGCGUGCAGUCCGGAGGAAAGAUGAACUUCCACAUCUCUGCUGAGGACCUAACCAGCUGUUGCCACACUUGCGGAAAUGGAUGUAAUGGAGGAUUCCUGGAGGGUGCCUGGAACUAUUUGAAACAUGAUGGUCUUGUAACUGGUGGACAGUACAACAGCAAACAGGGUUGCCAGCCAUACGAGAUUAAGGCAUGCGAUCACCACGUCGUUGGCAAACUUGCCCCAUGCAAGGGAGAUGGCCCCACGCCCCGCUGUAAAAAAACCUGUGAGGCGGGAUAUAACAACACAUUUGAGAAGGACAAGCACUAUGCCACGUCUGCCUAUGCUGUGGAGGGUGUUGAGAAGAUUCAAACAGAAAUCAUGACCAACGGUCCUGUAGAGGCUGCGUUCACUGUGUAUGCUGAUUUCCCAACCUACAAGUCAGGUGUAUAUCAGCAUAAGACUGGGGGUGCCCUUGGAGGCCAUGCCAUCAAGAUUCUGGGCUGGGGCGUAGAGGAUAGCACCCCAUAUUGGCUUGUUGCUAACUCCUGGAACGAGGACUGGGGUGAUCAGGGAUUCUUCAAGAUCUUGCGCGGUCAAGAUGAGUGCGGUAUCGAGUCCAACAUCGUCGCUGGAAUGAUGAAACUGGCCUAGAACACUAGGGUGACACAUGGACAUUCCAUUCUGGUGCCUGUUAUUCCACUUUGGUGCCAUUGUUUAACAAAGCUAUGCAAGUUUUUGAAGGAAAAUAUCAUUGUCAGAGAUUGUUACUUGAUAAAAAUAACUUGAUUGCUUCAACCAAAUGUUAAUUUCAAUGUUUUUUGCCCAUCUAACCAUUAAGAUAUGUAAAAGUUUUCAGACAAAAUGGGUAUUUCAUGAUUAUAAUUGUGAUAGGUACCUGUAGUGCGCUCCAUGGCUGUAAACUGGUAAACUGUGUUUUAAAGCUUUACCUUUAUAUCAUAAUUCCUUUAUUUAAUUGAGAUUUUUAUAUUGUCAUCAAUAUAUAUAUUUUUGAUACACAUGCUAUUGAGUGCAAUAAAAAAACUUAAUAUUUGA